AUGAGUCAGAAGCUUUUAUCUCCAAUCCAGCUGCUCCUUCUGCAGUGCGUUCUUAUCGGCUUCGCGGCCGCCUAUCCCUAUGUGAUCGUUCCCUCUUCCGGUUCUUCCGGGUGAGCACAUUCCCCGAACCGUUCCCUCUUGAAUACCCCCCGUUCCAGAGAUCGGCGUCUCGUCAAGAGAGCCUUCGACCGGUUCGACAACUCGGGCGUCUUCUCCUUUGGAGCCAAGCGGUUGGAUCGUUACGAUGACGACGCCGGCUUCGGGUACGGAGGAUACGACGAGGCCGGAGGCAUCUUCAAGCGAUCUGCCGAGCCGUAUCACUUUGUCUCUCUUCCGUCAAAGAAGGCUUUUGACCGUUUGGACGCCAGCGACUUCUUCGGAGCCAAAAGGAAACGCUCUUUCGAUAGAAUCGGAGGAACCGAGUUCGGACUCAUGAAAAGAAGUAUUUCGGAGGACAGAGGUGAGCACGUUGAUUCACGAUCUUCCCAAUACUCUUUGGUUUCAGAAAAUCUCAUUGACAACCUCGCCGAAUCGAUCACAGCUCUCCGAAAGGUGCGAGAGGCCAGAUCAUCCGGAAGCCAGCCAGUCAUGGUCACCUACGAAGACUAG